CUACGUUAUACCGAACCACCCCUCUCCUCGCCCAUCUCUUCUUCUGGUAUGGAUGCUGCUGCAGGUCAAAGUCUCUAUCCAUUGCACCGUUGCAAAACUAUUCACCUGGUUAGGCAUGCCCAAGGGGUUCAUAAUGUAGCAGGAGAGAAGAACCAUGAUGCAUACUCAUCUUAUGAUUAUUUUGAUGCGCACCUAACCCCUCUUGGAUGGAAGCAGGUUGACAAUCUGCAAAAGCAUGUGAAUGCAUGUGGACUUUUCAGAAAAAUUGAACUCGUUGUUGUUUCCCCGUUGUUAAGAACCAUGCAAACAGCAGUUGGAGUCUUUGGUGGUGAAGCAUACGCUGAUGGGAUUAGUGAACCUCCUCUGAUGAUGGAAAAUGUUGGACAUUGUGAUCAUCUUGCAGUUUCUAGUCUGAACUGCCCUCCAUUUAUAGCAGUAGAGCUUUGCCGAGAGCAAUUGGGAGUUCAUCCUUGUGAUAAGAGAAGAACCAUCAGCGAGUACAAGAAUAUGUUUCCAGCAAUUGAUUUUUCACAGAUUAAAAGUGACGAGGACGUUUUAUGGAAAUCUGACAUUAGAGAGAAGACAGAAGAUGUCACUGCCAGGGGACUGAAGUUUUUGGAAUGGUUAGGGAAACGUAAAGAGAAGGAGAUAGCAGUUGUUACCCACAGCAGUUUUCUGUUCAAUACCCUGAGUGCUUUUGGUAAUGAUUGUCACCCAAAUAUAAAGAGCGAAAUUUGCAGACACUUUGCUAAUUGUGAGCUGCGUUCAGUGGUUAUCGUUGAUAGAGGUAUGAUUGGAUCGAGCGAAUCAAUCACAAACUAUCCCGGCAAGAUUCCCCAUGGCCCUGAUCUUCCCAGCGAUGCUGCUGAGUAAAAACUUUUAGGGAAUGGGCUUAAUUGUUUUGUCCACCCGAAUAUACUAUAUCCUUAGGAGCAGUUUUAAAAUUCAAGUGAAUUGAUAACAUGUAGGUGCCAAAUUUAUAUGAUGAAAAAAUGGAUGCCAAC